AUGGAUGGAGAUAUGGAUAUCGUUACCGACAGUAUGGACUUGAGCAAAUCAUUUAUACGACAACUUGAAUGCUGCUCAUCGACUCUACAAAUUCAUCAAGCUGAAAUUGGUGACGUUGGUUGUGUGGUAUGGGAUGCGGCCUUGGUGUUGGCGAAAUAUUUGGAGUUAGGUCACGAGAAAGGUAGCGAAGAUAUUAACGGGAAGAAAGUUAUUGAGUUGGGUGCUGGAACUGGCAUUGUUGGACUCUGUGCUGCUAUAAUUGGAGCGAACGUGGUUAUAACCGAUUUACCUCAAUUUUUACCAUUAAUGCAAUUGAACAUAGACAAUAAUAAAAGUAGCAUACAUUCUGGACACAUUGAAGCAUCCGUCCUAUCUUGGAAUGAUGAAAUUGACAAACUUUUACCCCUACCAGACUAUUUAAUCAUGUCAGAUGUUAUAUAUUAUGAGGAGGAUAUGCAGAGAGAUUUUAGGAUAAAAGAGAUUAGGCAGGAGGACUUGGAUGAUGUCUAUCGUAGCGAUGAUAUACAUGUUUUGCGAUUGAAACGAAAAUGA